AGCCGCUGACUGACUGAUCAGGUGAUUAGCUGUGGAUAGUGUGGUAUUUCUUAGUCAACAGCUUGAUUCCAGCCAGCGUUCUUUGAAAACAGGAGAAGUAAUCUGGAACUCAUGACCAGAGUGAGGAGCAGGAGAGAAGCUGCUAACUUCCUGCUGAGAGAGGCUACGUGGCAAGUCUCCUGGCCAUGAAGGCAGCAGCAGAGCAGCUGAGAGCAGGAUGCUGCAAACCCACAGGAAGCUCUUCCUGAGGACCUUAAAGAUGUUGCCCAGCUAAAGAGAUGGCAGGCAUUCAGGACUUGAUUACUGAAAUAAUUUGUUCUGCUCAUUUCCACGCAAACUUUUCCUUGAACAUGAGCAAUUUGAAGGGGUUUCACACGUUCGUUGCCUUCUGCCUUAUUCUACUCAACUUCGGCAGCCUGAAAUGCCUUGCUUUAAGACAAGCAGAGGAAAGGCAUGCAAGACAACUGCAUCUGGCGUUGCCAGGAGGCGACAGCUUAGCAAAUUCAAAUGCAUCAAAUCCAGAAGGUAACGUAAGCUCGUCCAUGGAUACAGCCAGCGCUUCUGCAUCUGAAAGCCUUUAUGGAGCCUCAGUAGAGCCAUCCAGGAGGUCAUUAAACAGAGCCACAACUGUAAAAACAACCUUACCAACCAUUAUGCAUGUUCACAAUCCCUUGGGAUACUCAAAUAUGGGGGCUUUUGCCAGCACAGGUCUGGAGUUUGCUGUGGAAAGUGAAAGGCAAAUCAGUCUCAAUGGACCCAAUGAAAAACUGGAUAAAUAUGGGACACAGGAAGCUUUGAUUGCCACUGUUAUGACAAUUCCAGAUCCUAUUGUUGAAGAUGAUAUGCUUAGUAGCUCUGCAAAAGUGACCGUGGAUGGAGGUGGGGGAGAAGGAAAUCUGGAUGGGGAUCUGUUUAUACCAGGCAGUCUGGAAGGAGGAGCCCAUGUUGACCCUUCAGACAAUCCCCAGUUAACUAUCCAAAAAAUGAUAAAUAGUUUUCCUGCUACAGCAUCACCAAGCAACCUCCUCAAAAAUCCAUUUCUUCCAACAGGCCAACCAGUUGAUUUGGCAAAAGGAUCAGAUGGAAAUAGCUUCCCAACAAUUGGGAUGGGCACAGUUGCUGCUACAGAGCCUAGGUUGCUGCCUGUAGAUGCCCCCUUAAAUUUGGAAGGGGAAAUCUCAGAGAACCAAGGGCACUUGAAAGCUAUCCUAAGCACUACCAUGAUGGCCACUGCAGGCUUGCCGCUAAGUGAUGAGUGGGAUGAUACAAAAUUAGAGCCUUCCAGCCAGGCGAAAGUUAUGCAUCCUGUGAAGAUGAAUCAAUCUCAAAUAGUGCGACCGACAGGACAGGAGGAUGAUGAUGUGAAAAAGGUCCUGUCACCCAUAUUAUUGGCAACCACAGCAAAAGGAAGCAAAGAUAAUCAGAGUGGAUCAGGCCAGAUACCUGUGCAGGUAGAGGAGUCAACCAAUACAAGCCUGAAUCUUGCCCAUACCAUUGAUCUAUCUGAGAAAGUUGGAGCCCAGUCUGUAAGUUCAAUGGAAAACAUAGAUCCAACCAUGAUUAACCGGUCUAGAUUGUUUCCUGAGACUAUAACUACAACAGAUGUGACCAAAUCAGAUGUCUUCCAAACCUUAAGAGACCAAUUAAGAGGAACAGCCUUCCAUGAUACUGGCACUGUGCCAUCACCUGUGAUCUCAGGAGGCCUACCUACUCAGAAGAUUACAGGAUCACAACAUGGGAUGAAGGAAGGAGUAGAGUUGGCAACUCAAAUACCAACAGUUUCCAGCACGUCCCAACUGUUGAGAAUAUUAGAAAAUGUUGCUGCUACAGUGUCUCCUCAUUCUACCCAUCUCCCAGUGAAAACGGUGGAAGUUGAAGGACCUGUCACCUUCCUAGAGAAUAAAGAGAUCACUUCCAUUGCCUAUAUUCCUGCAACUCUGGCUGAUCUGAGAGUGCCAACUGAAAUGACUGUUGGCACAACUGACACGAUGACAGCUCUGCCUUCUUUGGUAUCUUCUACAAGGCAAACCACAGUUCCAGCUGCCCACCGACUUACCACAGUUUCAACUUAUGGGCUGGAGAGGUUGGAAUCAGAAGAGGAAGAGGAGGAGGAAGAGGAGGAGGAGGAGGAAGAAGAAGAAGAAGAGGAGGAAGAAAUGGAUGAGGAUGAAGAAGAGAAUGAUGAUGACAGAGAGCCCAACUCAAUAGAUGAAAGCUUAGACGCUGACCUCUCCAGUUUUACUGUUCCUGGGGAAACCUCACAGGAACCCUUGGAAGGGCUGGGAGGUCCUGCAGGAGAGCUCUCCGGAAUAUCCUACCAUGUGCCAAAUGCAAUUGAAUGGGAACAGCAGAACCAAGGGCUCGUGAGAAGCUGGAUGGAAAAACUAAAAGACAAGGCAGGAUACAUGUCUGGGAUGCUGGUCCCAGUAGGCGUAGGCAUUGCGGGAGCCCUGUUCAUCCUGGGAGCACUGUAUAGCAUCAAGAUCAUGAACCGCCGUCGCAGAAAUGGCUUUAAAAGACAUAAGCGAAAGCAGAGAGAAUUCAACAGCAUGCAAGACCGGGUGAUGCUUUUAGCAGAUAGCUCUGAAGAUGAAUUUUGAAUCAGGUUGCAAAGCUACAUCAUGUUCUCCAGCGACUGACUUUGUUUGUAAAGGGAGGUUUGCAAGUAAAAAAAAUCUUUCUGCUGCAUCCCAGCGGCCUGCCUGUUGUGCAUUCACAUGGCAGUGUUGCUUUACACAACCGGUCCCCAAAAGGAGAUACACACACAGCCAAACACAUCCCAAUCACAGCAUGUUGCAGCCUACUUUUUAAAAACCAUGCAUUAGUGCAACUUCAUUUCCAUUGCACUGCAUGUUCUUCAAGGAUGAAACUAACAAUGAUGCCACAAAGAGCGGGGGACAAGACAGGCUGAAUGACAAUAAUGGUCCUAAGGUUUUAAUUUUCAUUUUGACGCUAGCAAUCAAGCUGUCAUCCUUUCCCAUACAGUCUUUGGGGAGGAUGAUUUUUAGCCCAGAUAACUUCUGUCACUCUCUCACUGGGAAGUCUCUUCUAAGAUGUGGCAUUUCCUGAGCUGGUUUUGAAAAUGAUUGGCUCUGUUUAAUUAAUGAAGUGUCAUCUUGAAGCAAACCACCUCAUAAGCAGGAUAGUAACUAUGUAAGUAGAGUACAAUGAACAGGCACACCAUGUGUACAUAGUGUAUUAUGCUUAGGGCCAAACUAGAUGGUUACAUACAUAAGAGACACGGGCUUUGUUUUGUUCAUUGUGAAACAAAUGGGAGUGGAAAAACAGCAGGGGGUGGGAGAGUGCUUUCAUCAGCUCAGCGAAGGGCCCAUAAGGGUCACAUAUGCAUGGCGUACUUCACAUGACUAUUACUCAGCUCCCACAGCUAAAACCCUCUCUACUGUCUCCAUUGUUCCCAGGGUGAUAUGGAAAUUGUCAAUGCCCAUUUGAUCUGCAAGAGAUCAUUACUUGCUGCUGUGGUCAUGGCAGUGAACCAGCAGUGAAUGUAUGAUAGUGGUGCCCAAACUCUUGAUACCGUGAGGCAAAGCAUUUUUUUCUGGAUUAAAUGUUAAAGUACACUUCUUUUUUGCACUCAAAAAGGCAGGUUUGUAUUUAGCCAACCAGCUGCCAGGCCAAGAGCAAGGGGCGCCUCCCUCUGCAGCUGCAGCAUGUUCUGCGUCAGGAUGGAGCAAAGUGUGGGCUGGUAGUUCUGCAUUCUUCUUUGCGUCCACAAAGCUCCCUGCCCCAUUUCACUUCCUUUUAAAUUAGCGCUUCCAGUGAAAGCUGGCAUUCUGCAAGCUAAACGCCACCUUCUAACAUCCUAAUUGUUUACAAAAAUAUCUCUAGAUUCAAUGCACAUUAUUUUCCAGGAAUAGAAAUGGAACGGUGGCCACAUGUAUUUUUUUUGAAAAUGUAUCUAUUGACUUAGGAAAAAAAAAGAACCAGUUGGUCACCACUUUUUGUGGGGCAUAACAGGAAUCAUCCUCAUUGGUCAUGCCCACUGUAGAAGCUGUUUUGCAAAUAGGCAGGUGUCUAUCAGCUAUUUCAUGGGAGCUCCCCCAAGAUGUUCAAAUGUGCAAACCAGUCAGCACGUUGCCUAACCCAGUCUGAUUCACCAGAUUCUCUCCAAUUGAGUUGGACAAUCAUUCCCAUUCUUCCCAGCCAACAGGGAUGAUGGAAAUAUUGCUACACAUCUGGAGAGUGCCAGGUGGGGAAGGCCGGUCUAUUUAAUUGUUCAUCUUCCUUGGGAAUAAAAAUGUGCUUCUGGCUUUGGGCUUUUCCCACGCUACUUAAUUAAACUUAAUUAAGAGCUCUUGUCUUGCUUUCCACAAAGAAGACAAGAGACAUGUAUGAAGCUGGAUUUUUGGUUACUUCUCCCAAUUAUUAUCCACACUGAACCACUGCAACUGUUAAGGGUUUCAGGAAGCGGUCACACACACAGUAUUGGGUAAAGCCAGGAACUGAAUUUGGGCAUGUCUACAUAUCAGACAAGUUAUCUUCCACAGAGCUUUGGCCCUUUUUUUUUUCACAACAGAGAGAGGGGGAAAUCAACAAGAGAUCUUUAGCUCCAUUAGAAUUAAGUGAUUGCUGUUUCUGAUAUGGUAGCUUAAUUUUGCCAAGGAUGCUUUUCUUCUCUGGCUCACAUGUUUUGGGAAUUAUUAUCCCAUCACUUUGCCUGGUGGAAGUAUGUGUCACGUGUAUUCUCUAGGAUUGCGUAGGGCUUCAAUUUGGUCUUCCAAAACUAUAGGAACAUGAACCACGGCACCUCUCAUUGCAAACGGUGCCACCAUUCAUGCUUCCUGAGCUCCAGAGCAGUUUUUGGAGAUCAAAUCAAAGUGUUGUCCCCCUGUAGUAUUCAUAAUCAUUAAAUCCGGUCUAUUUGGAGGAUACUUUUCAUUUUUUUAAUGACCCUCCUUAGGGCCACGUGGAGGUGAGAAAGAAGGAGAACAGUUCUGGUCAAUGACUUCAGAAUAGCAGUACCCAGCAAAAUAGGCAAGCAGGGAUGGGUUGAGAAGUGCGAAAGCAGUUGAGAUGUCUCUAGUUUCUAGUCCAUAGAGAGCAAUUUGUUAUCGUGAUAAUGACACUAAACACUAUUUUUGUAUGUGUGUUUGUGUGUGUGUAGAACCACAUACACAUGUAUAUACACACUAAAUAAGCAAGCAAUGUGUUAGUAAGAGUGGCUUCCUAGCAUAGCAUCCCAGGAUUAUAGACAAUGUGCCUCAGGACUUCUAGCCAAUUGUAAACAAAGCAAUAUGGCUGCAGGGAAUAGUGAACUGGGACCACGGUUGGCUAAACCAGAAACUCCCGAGGUCAGUGACUUCCAAUAAGUGCUAGAGCAUGAAGUGUAGCACACAAUUUGUUGGGGUGGCUUUUUUAAUGUGGCAAGGGCUGAACGCCAUCUGUGCACCCAAUGAUAGCGUGAAGUUGAGAUGAUAAAGUUCAGAAGCAACAGAAUGAACUUGAGUUGCUCUAGAUUAAAGAUGAAAGACUUUUUGGAUGCUUCCAAUUCCCUCUGCCCCCCAAGAAACCCCACAUCUUAAUAAAGCCAUAAAUUGGCUGAAUUAGAACUUUUAUCCCUGAUAGGCCAAGGUACCUUUUUUCAAGAACGUUAAAAAAAAAAUAGAGGUAACUUUUUCCCCUUCCUCCCUCUGCCCGCCAGUUCAGCAGUAUGGAAUAGCAAAUCUGUCACCUUCUACUGCAUGUUCCCCUCCCAGCCGAUGGCUCACAUUCCAUGAAGCAGCCAGUCCAAGCAGAGCAGGCCUGCCCCUUGCAAUUUCUCCAAUGGCUGUUUUUGCUGGCUCAGGUAUGGCAGGCCCUGAAAUGCCACAGGCCUGGCAGAGAAUAGAUCAGGGCUUGAGAGUGAUCCCCCUCUCUCCCAGAAGGGACAGAAUGAAUCAACAUACAUGGGAAUGGGAGUGGUGCUUGAUGCCAAGUGUAAGAGUUUGGGUGUCUAACUCAGCUUGCUUUGCCCUACCAAGCAAGAGGUCUCUUGUGGGGAAAGGCCUUUCCUUCCUGAGCCCUUGACUGGAGCAAGCAGGGAUGGAAGCUGAGCCCUGUUGCAUGCAAAGUGGGUUCCUCUCCCAUGAGGGUUCAGUCUUCCUGCAUCUCACAACACAAGAAGCUGGCUAACAUUGGAAUUGGUCCUGAAUUUGGAAAAGGUAUCUCUAAAGAUUGUGGGGCUAGAAAAGAAAUGUUUUGAAUUGUUUUGUUAGCAUUCUAACCUGUGUAGAACUGAAUUCUAAAAAAGCAAGUAGGAAAAGGAAUAUAUGUUUCAGUGGAUAGAGGGUAGAACUUGAGCAGAGGUGGGUCUCAGGACUCCUAGUCCUGUCAGCUGGAUGUAGACCAGCCUUCCACAACCUGGAGACCUCCAGAUGUGUCACCUGAAUUGGCUAGGAUGAUGAGUGGUUGUCCAAAAGCCCAGGUGUCCAGUGGAAGCUACAGUGAUGUCAUGAUGUGCCCCAAACAGUUGGAGUGUACCAGGUUGGGGAAUGCUGCUUAGGGCCUUUGGUGAGUCACUUUGAUCAACCCAAUUCUCCACCUUUUUGGCAGGAAUAAGUGACCUACCUCACAGGGUUGUUGUGAGGGCAAGCCAAUAAAGUUAUA